AUGAAGAUCGAUACUUUUUCCGUUUUGGCUCUGCCUCCAGAAAUCAUUAUUCAUGUGUUGAGAAAUGUGAGUGAAAAGAAAGGAAGCACGAAUCCACGUCAUUUCAUUUCAGUACAAGUACGAGACAUUGAUCGAUGUUUCUAUAACAUGCAAGGCUCUGAAUCAGCUAAUCGAGAAAAACAGGAAUCAUCUUGCUUCAAAAGACAUUUAUCACAUUGACUUGGUAAUCAGAAUUAUUCACAAUGCAGGGUUAAAAGAAAUUCAGGAAAGAAGACGUGUCCGGGCAUGGCGCACAUUCUCGUGGUGCGAUCGAAUUCCGUUCCGCUCGUUCGAAUACAUUUCCAAGUUUUUUUGUAAUGUGAACGUGAAGGUGUUUACUGUGGUAAACAGAAUAAUUAAGUUGAUCACCAGAAUGUUACACUUCUCAGAACAAACUGGACGAAGAGAUUUGCGCCUUCCUCACCGAAAAGGCCAAGAAUCAGAUGCUCCGGUUCGAGCAACUGAGACUGUUCCAUUCGGUAACGAUGCUCUUUAGUUCCGUCCGUCGAAGGUUUCUCGUUUCAGUUCUCGGCUUCCCACGAAUCCAUUUGCGCCCUUCUCAUGGCAGCCAAAUGUGAAACUGUCAACUUCGAAGCGGUUGAAAGUCGUUUGACGCCGUCCGAUUUGAGAUUGGAAGGAUACCAGUCGGUAGUGAAUUUCCAUGAUUUCUCUCAGGAAGUUAUAUGAAUUCCAGCUUCAAUCGCUCUGUUUCGAAAUGGACGAUAGCAUCGGAGAAGAGUUCUUCUCUUCUGUUCUGGAAGUUUCGAAAGCGAGCAAGUUUAUUUUUCAUGCGUGCGACAAGAUUCCCCAAUCGUUCAUUAAAACCAUGUUUGAGGUGUGUUAAUCCCGAGAAAUGAAUAAUCCCAAUUGUCUUCAGAAGUGGCUCGACGGCUCUCGAUCCCUCGAUUCUGUUCGGAUCACCACCAAUCAGAACUUCUCAUUCGACGAAAUCACUCAAGGACUGAGCAUUCAGCAACGAGACAACUCAACUUGGAAAAUGAAGAAUGUGAAGGGCGAAGAAGGUGGCAUCUCGCCUUCUCUUUCCUAUCUUAUCUUCUGAUUCCAGCCACUAUCACCAUGCGACGCAACAACUUCCAUUUCUUUGUGGCAUUCGAGGUGAACGACAAUCGAGUCGAAGACAUUCUCUACAAGAUACCGUUCAUCGAGUGA